GGGGCAAAGGCGUGCGGAAUUCUAACGAGGACGGCGGCGGUGACGAGGAUUUUUUUUUUUUUUAAUUUCGUUUUGUUUUCGGAAAUCGCGCGGGGCAAACCCGGUCGAUAAAAAACACCGCGACCGGCUCGCACAACCGUUAGUGUGUUCCCACGAGCUUUGCCGACCGGUCAUCAGACGGGACGUAUACCGCAUCCGCCAGCCGACACGACGUGUUGCUGCUGCACCAGUGCCAUUAUCGUCCGACGGUAAAUGGAUUCCGUUGUCGUGCUUCAGCUGUCACGUCAACAACGCCAAAAGUUACGACUGCCACGACCGUAGUAGGCCCGCCGUCGAAUCGCGAUCCGAAGUUUUGCCGCGCGCAUAUUUUUUUCGUCGUUCUUCUGUUCGUCUCCGCAGUUUUCCUCUCCCCUAUCGACUAAUCCGAUACACCCGAAACCGAAGAAGCGCGAGAUAAGAAACGUCCCACCCGAGAGAGCAGUCUCUGUACUCCGUCGCCGUUGAAACAGAACUCGGUGGUGUCAACAAUGAGCGCGACGACGAUCGUUGUUGCGACGCUUUUGGCGGUCGCCGGUUGCCAACAACCGCAGCCGCUGAACGCCGAUCCGAUCGUCGGGCAAACGGGACCGGCAGGAUUCAUGCCGAUGAACGACGAACGUCGCGCGCCCGAAACCUCGAACCUCGAAACGUCGUCCGUGCAAAGCAGAGAUUAUUCGGGUGGCUCGGACUUUUACGGAUACAACUAUCCACCCAGUUACGGACCACCCAGUUCCAGUUACGGGUCACAAGAUAUAUCUUUCGGGGACUCGUCUGGACCGGGCGAUAAUCCGUCUAGUUCAUAUUCAAGUCCCGGUUACAGUUCUUCGUACUAUUCUGGGUAUGGAGAUGAAACGAAAAAACGAAAACCAAGCUAUGCAACGCCUUACUAUCCACCCACGACGGUGUCUUGCCCUUCGCCGUUCACCAGCAACAUACUGACCGACCUACUGAAAACAGGCGGCACGGCCAAGUUUGGGCUCGUCAAGUCCGUGGUGGCAGCCAUUGCGACCUUGUUUUUGGCCAAGAUACCCAUACUGCUGGCCGUCAAGGCGCUGAUGCUGAAGCUGUUCGUCGUGCCACUGGCCGUGGUCGUGCUUUCGCUGCCUGUGCUCGUACCCGCCGCAUUGCUGCUGCAGCCGCUGUGGAAGAAGUGGAAGGAGUUCGUCGGCUUCGAUUCGUCCAAACCGCAAAUGGUCAUGAUGGUGCCGGCCACCGACGCACCGAAACCCGCAAACGCGACGGCCGCGACGCCGGCCUCCACUAGGGCGCUGGAGAACAACCUGGAGAAUGUGCUCAGCAACCUCCUCGAGUCAGAGAAGUGCAUGGAGAGACUGGCCUGUCAGUUAGGCGUCAGGGACGCGAGGUCCGAGUACAAGCAACAAGUGUCCUGGGUGCUCAAGUUUUUGCAGACACUCCGCGUAGUCCAGAACAAUGAACCAAUCAGAGACAAGCUGAAGCUAUAUCGCGAGGCGUACAAUUACGGCACCGAGAUGGGAAUGGGCAUGGGCGACGAUGAAAAUCUUGUGAAUUCCGUUUGUUCGGAGAUCCGAUACCCUUGUCGAAACACGCAAAAGUCGCUGCAGAGGAGCACGAGAAUGCUGGUGGACUUGGCACCGUUCUGAUAUCCGUCACCGUCCGUUGCAUACCGAUCCCAACGUCUACAUUUUGUACAUACUUUAAUAACAGAUGAAAAUUCAUCGAAUCGAUAUUACAGUUUAUCCGCAUGAAAUCGAAAAUCUUACACGGAUGAAACGUGUGGUCCUAGCGAGACGACCGAUACACCGUUCGAAAAAUCAUCGAACAUCUAUGUUUUUUUUUUUUAAUUUAUUAUAAUAAUAAGUAUAUUUAUUCAAAACCCAGUAGUGUUUACCCUGUAGUGUAUUAUUAGCGUUUUAAUAUUAUAACCGUUUGCUUAAGAAUACGACCUAAAUUAAUUAUUAUGUUAUAGUUAGCGAAUACCUCUAUGGUAAAUUCGUUCACGUUAUACAUAUAGAAUAAUAUUAAAAUAAAUACGUAUUUUUUUUUUAUA